GCCGGCUCUGGGACAGAGCGCUGUGUGCCGCGCGCCACGCUGGACCGAGGAAGCUGCGGCUAGCGGCCAACCGGGCCGACUGAGUGUCGGAUUGCUGCGGCGGCUCGUCCCUGUCGUCACGUGACGAAGCUUGGCAGGCGGGUCUCCGCCGGACAGGUGCGUGAGCGUACCCCAGAAGCGCACGCGACAAGCACGCGACAACCAUGACGGACUCGGACGAGCUGAACAAACAGGUGAUGGACCGGCUCGAGGACCUCUUCAGGGACGUCAAGAUAUCCAACAUGGAGACCCACAUCCGCGAACAGCAUCCGAACAUCCGCAGAACGCCGGAAAGGGAGAUCCACGACGGAUCGUGCCCCCAAAGCCGCAAGAACUCCGUGGACGUGCGCCGGACCUCUCAGGACGUGCGCCGAACCUCACAAGACGUGCGCCGGGCCUCGCAGGACGUGCGCCGGGCCUCCCAGGACGUGCGCCACGGGCCGCACGAGAUCCGCCGGGCCUCACUCAACACCGGCCGGAUUUCCACGGCGGCCAUCCACAACAGCAGCGCGGCCGCGCGCAAGGGCUCGUUUGGUGCGCGGCGCGACUCCACGCCGGUGAGCCUCCGUGAGCCGGGCUCGAGUCGGCGCGACUCGGCCGUUCGCCGCUGCUCGCUCGACUCGCUGGAGAGCGGCCGUCGAGACAGCCUGGCCAGCGUCGGCAGCGGCGGCUCGGGCGGCUCCGGCCAUCUCGCAGACCUGAUCGAGGAGAACGAAGAGGAGCCGGAGCCGCUGUCGCCGGCUCAGCCCGCGAGGAGCAGCUCAGUGGAGAGGCCGCGGUUCGUACCUGUGACGUCACUGGAGGACGUGCAGGCCGUACGCUGCGCUGAGUUCCACCCGUUCGGCAAGCUAUAUGCCGUGGGAUCCAACUCCAAAACGCUCCGCAUCUGCGCUUACCCAAAGCUGGUGGACCUCAGAGAUGACCAGGUGACGUACCAGCCAACGGUACUCCUGAAGCGGACCAAGCACCACAAGGGCUCCAUCUACUGCAUGGCCUGGAGCCCGGUGGGCGACCUGAUUGCCACCGGCAGCAACGACAAAACCAUCAAGCUGAUGCGCUUCGAUGCCGACUCAUGCUCCGUGGAAGAUCCAGCCCUGGAGCUGACCAUGCACAACGGCACGGUGCGGGACGUCUGCUUCAUCGAGGACAUGUCCAACAAGUCCAGCCUGCUGGUCAGUGGCGGCGCCGGCGACUGCCAGAUCUACGUGACCGACUGUGCCACCGGCACGCCGUUCCAGGCGCUCUCCGGCCACACUGGGCCUGUGCUGGGGCUGAGCACCUGGGGCGGCGCCAUGUUCGUCUCGGGCAGCCAGGACCGGACGGUGCGCGUCUGGGACCUGCGCUCGCGCGGCUGCGUGAGCCGGCUGCAGCCGCCCAGCGUGCACGCGGCCAGCCGCGGCUCGGCCGUCGCCGCGGUCGCCGUCGACCCGUCCGGCCGCAUGCUCGUCUCAGGCCACGAGGACUCGUCCUGCGGCCUGUUCGACCUGCGCGGCGAGCGCACCAUCCAGACCUUCCGGCCGCACGACGGCGCCGUGCGCAGCGUGCGCUUCUCGCCGCACGCCUUCUAUCUGCUCACCGGCGGCCACGACAACCGGCUGGUGCUCUCCGACCUGCAAGGUGACCUGACGAUGCCGCUGCCGUCGGUGGCCGUGGCCCAGCACCAGGACAAGGUCAUCACCGGCCGCUGGCACCCGUACGAGUUCAGCUUCCUGUCAGCCGGCGCCGACAAGACCUGCACGCUGUGGGCGCUGCCGCCGUUCUGA